UACUAUAUAAACGGUAACUUUUCAAUUUGCUGAUAAUUCGUUCGACACGAGUCGAGAAAACUUGAAAGUCUUGGUUUUAAAAAUUUGAUACUAUUGAAACCAUGUAUAUCAAAGGAGUGGUGAUUUUGGCCUUUUUAGGCAUUGCAUGUACCAAUGCAGCUAUCUUAAACCGUUGUAUUGAAGGUGAAAAGGUACCAUCGGUGUUGCAAUGUGAUAGAUAUUUGGUUUGUGAAAAAAACCAUAUGAUUGAGAAACGUUGCCCUGAAGGACAACUUUACGAUGAAGAUUUUGAAGAUUGUCGUGAUGAAAGCGAAGUGGACUGUUUCAAUUUUAUAGACCGCAAAAGGCACAGCAGCGAGGAGGAUAGCAGCAGUGACAGUAGUAGUAGCAGUGACAGCAAGAGCAGUGACAGCAGCGAUAGUAGCGAUAAGAGCAAGAGUAGCAAAGAAAGCGAUGAAAGCAAGAGUGACAGCAGCGAUAGUAGCGACAGUAGCAACAGUAGCGAUAAGAGUGAGAGUAGCCAAGAAAGCGAUGAAAGUAAGAGUGAUAGCAAGGAUAGUGAUGAGAGUGACAAUAGUAGUGAAUGGAGUAAUGGUAAUGAUGAUGAUGAUGAUGACUGGAUUGAGAGUGAGGAAAGCAAAGAAGAAGUGUCCUCUGCUGAACCAUCUGAAGAGGUCACUGAUGACUCAACCGAAUCAUCUGUAAAACCCACGGAAGAGCCAACUGAAAACCCUACAGAAGAGCCUACUCAAGAGCCCACGGAGGAACCCACAGAAAAGCCCACCACUGAUGAGCCUACAGAGGAACCUACUCCAGAACCCACUGAGGAACCUACUGAAAAUCCUACAGCAGAGCCCUCUGAAGAACCAACAGAAGAACCCACGGAAAAACCUACUGAAGAGCCAACCGAAGAACCGACAGAAAAACCAACUGACGAACCUACUGAAGAACCUACAGAAGAACCCACUGAGGAACCUACUGAAAAUCCUACCGCGGAGCCUUCUGAGGAGCCAACAGAAGAACCCACUGAAGAGCCUACUCAAGACCCUACGGAGGAGCCAACCGAGGACCCUACUGAAGAACCUACCGAAGAACCAACAGAAAAGCCCACUGAUGAACCUACAGAUGAACCCACUGAAGAGCCCACUGAGGAACCUACUGAAAAUCCAACAGCAGAACCCUCUGAGGAACCAACAGAAGAACCCACGGAACAACCUACUGAAGAGCCAACUGAAGAACCGACAGAAAAACCAACUGACGAGCCUACAGAGGAACCUACCGAAGAACCUACAGAAGAACCCACUGAGGAACCUACUGAAAAUCCUACCGCGGAGCCUUCUGAGGAGCCAACAGAAGAACCCACUGAAGAGCCUACUCAAGACCCUACGGAGGAGCCAACCGAGGACCCUACUGAAGAACCUACCGAAGAACCAACAGAAAAGCCCACUGAUGAACCUACAGAUGAACCCACUGAAGAGCCCACUGAGGAACCUACUGAAAAUCCAACAGCAGAACCCUCUGAGGAACCAACAGAAGAACCCACGGAACAACCUACUGAAGAGCCAACUGAAGAACCGACAGAAAAACCAACUGACGAGCCUACAGAGGAACCUACCGAAGAACCUACAGAAGAACCCACUGAGGAACCUACUGAAAAUCCAACAGCAGAACCCUCUGAGGAACCAACAGAAGAACCCACGGAACAACCUACUGAAAAGCCAACUGAAGAACCGACAGAAAAACCAACUGACGAGCCUACAGAGGAACCUACUGAAGAACCCACCGAAGAGCCCACUGAGGAACCUACGGAGGAACCAACCGAGGAUCCAACUGAAGAACCUACCGAAGAACCAACAGAAAAUCCUACAGAACAACCUACUGAAGAACCCACUGAGGAGCCCACUGAGGAACCCACGGAAGAGCCUACUCAGAAACCUACUGAUGAGCCAACUGAGGAACCUUCCGAAAAACCCACUGAAGAACCUACCGAAAAACCAACAGAGAAACCCACUGAAGAACCAACUCAGGAACCCACAGAAUCAUCGACGGCAGAACCAAGCGAGAAACCAACUGAAGAACCAACAGAAAAACCCACUACCGAACCCACUGAAACACCCUCCACAAAGCCUACAGAACAGCCUACCGAGAAACCAACUUCGGCCCCAACCGAGAAACCAACGGAACCAUCCGGAGACGGUUGCAAAGGAACUUGUCCACCCAACAAUGACGUACCCACUUACUUUGCACACGUCGAUUGCACCAAAUUCUGCCAAUGUGACUGGGGUAAGGCUCAUAUCAUGAACUGUCCUGCUGGACUGCACUUCAACCCAGCCAUCAACGUGUGCGACUGGCCCUGGGCUGCUAACUGUGAAUAAAUGUACGAGCGUGUUGCUUAAACGACACUAAUAUUAUCUGUAAUUAUCUAACUGAAUUUUAUUUUCUUACAUCAAUAAAUACGCAUUUUAAAAAUUA